CAUAGCGAUCUUGAGUUAUGGAAUGCGCUUCGUUGUGUGCACUUAAUUAAAAAUUCCAAUCGUAUUUCUGAAAAAGAAGAGUCAAAUAUUAUCUUUCCUAUUUCAGAUCAGAAAAAUCACAAACAAGAACCAAUAAUGCUUGACUCACCUGUCAAAGAAAAUGGAUUAAAUUUUUCUCAAGGUCAACAACAACUAAUUGCAAUAGCCAGAGCACUAGUUCAUCAUUCUAAAUUGAUUAUAAUGGAUGAAGCUACUGCAAGUAUAGAUUUCAAAACUGAUCAUCUAAUACAAGCUACAAUUAGAAAAGAGCUUAAAGAUAAUACUGUUAUUACUAUUGCGCAUAGAUUGCGAACAGUCGCAGACUAUGAUAGAAUUUUGGUUAUGGUUGAAUUCGAUAGUCCAUACAUACUAAUGCAAAGGCUUGAUGGAGUAUUUAGAGAAAUGUGUGUGAGAAGUGGUGAAUUCGCAGAAUUAAUGAAAAUUGCUAAGCAGAAAUAUGAGA